CUUGGCAAUCCAUACAUGAAAGAAAAACCAGCAGCGAUUCUUAAGCCUUGUUUCUAUUCACGUGCCUCCGGCGUGUGUGACGUGUCUCCCAUACUUUUCAUAAUUGAUUUGUCAACUUUGGUCUGUCUAGCUAUAGCUUCUUUGCUGUGUUGGUUCGUAUUGUUUAAUCACUAGCCUGCCUUGUGUCCUCUUGGUUUCUCUGUUUACCUUACCUUGUGUUCCUUUCUGUGUGAAUCUUGAUAUAAAUAUGAGCUCGUUUUGGUUGAAGGCUCUCCAGUAGGGAAAGAUUUCUGGGUUGUUGUUGAAAACCAGAAAGAGAUCAUAAAGAGUCGUACUAGUUCACAACUAGCUAGCUGAGAAAAUGCUGUUGCAGAAGCACUUUUCUUGGGGAGUGCUUGUGGUACUAGUUGUGGUUAUCGGGGGUAGCUUGCAGACUGUGGUGGAGGGACGCCCUCGCCGGAUUCUUUUGGAUACCGACGUCGACACCGAUGAUUUCUUUGCUCUCUUGUACCUCUUGAAGCUCAACAGAUCAGAGUUUCAGUUGGAGGCAGUAACAGUCAAUGCAAAUGCGUGGACCAAUUCGGGGCAUGCUGUGAACCAUAUAUAUGACCUCCUUUACAUGAUGGGACGUGAUGAUGUUGCUGUUGGAGUUGGAGGUGAGGGUGGUAUACUAGAAGAUGGUACAAUUCUCCCAAAUGUUGGUGGAUAUCUUCCAUUAAUCGAACAGGGAACUACAACAGCAGGAGGAUGCAGAUAUAGACAAGCUAUUCCUGUAGGACCUGGAGGUCGAUUAGAUAUCGAUACUAAUUUUGGCAUCCGAAAAGCUUUUCUCCCACAGGGGAGCAGGAGAUAUAGUCCAUUUCGACAACCUACUGCUCAGCAAGUGAUGAUUGACAAAAUAUCUGCAGGUCCCAAAAUAACUGUGAUUGUUAUAGGAGCACAUACAAACUUUGCCAUAUUCCUUAUGAAUAAUCCACACUUGAAGAAGAAUGUUAAGCAUAUUUAUGUGAUGGGGGGUGGUGUGAGAUCAAAGAACCCAACUGGUUGUUGCCCCAAAAAUGCCACCUCGACUUGUGUGCCUGAGCAGUGUGGUGAUCCUGGUAACUUGUUCACUGACUAUACCAGUAAUCCUUAUGCAGAGUUCAAUAUCUAUGGAGACCCUUUUGCUGCUUACCAGGUUAUUCAUUCAGGAAUUCCUGUCACCCUUGUUCCUUUAGAUGCAACAAACACCAUUCCGAUUAAUCAAAACUUCUAUGAAGCAUUUGAGAAGAGUCAGACUACAUAUGAGGCACAAUAUUGCUUCAAGUCCUUGAAAAUGCAACAUGAUACUUGGUUCGACAACCAAUUCUUCACUAGCUAUUUUAUGUGGGACUCUUUUACAUCUGGUGUAGCAGUCUCAAUCAUGCAAAACUCGGAUAAUAGCAGUCAUCCAGAGAAUGAAUUUGCUGAAAUGGAGUACAUGAACAUAACUGUUAUUACUUCGAAUGAACCUUAUGGGGUCUCUGAUGGCUCCGAUCCUUUCUUUGACGGCCUUAAAGUUCCGAAAUUCAACUUAUCAAAAAAUGGUGUGCAUAGUGGUCAUGUCCAAACUGGUCUUAGAGAUCCAUUCUGCAUUGUGAAGAAUGGGAAAGGAAAAUGCAAGGAUGGUUAUACAGCAGAAGUAACAGGUCCAGAGGCAGUGACAGUGCUUGUUGCUACAAAAGCAAAACCAAAUAAGGAUGUUGAAAGCCCACUUAACAGAGAAUUCUUUAAAAGCUUCUUGGAAGUUCUAAACAGCCCUCAACAAACAGGGAAAUUCAAUUUUACAACACAAUUUCCUUUCUACAAGGAAGUGACAUAUAAACCAGAUUUUGGAAAUACUAAACUGGGCAAACCUGUUGUGUUUGACAUGGAUAUGAGUGCUGGAGACUUUCUAGCUUUGCUUUACCUCCUCAAAGUUCCUGUUGAAGAGAUUAAUCUCAAGGCAAUACUAGUGACCCCUACUGGUUGGGCAAAUGCUGCAACAAUAGAUAUCAUAUAUGACUUGCUGCAUAUGAUGGGUCGUGACGACAUUCCAGUUGGUCGAGGAGAUGUAUUUGCUAUGAACCAAUCUGACCCAUCUUUCUCUGCGGUUGGAGACUGCAAAAAUGUUAAGGCUAUCCCACAUGGGGGUGGUGGAUUACUGGAUUCAGACACUCUCUACGGCCUCGCUCGUGACUUACCUCGAAGCCCAAGAAGGUAUACAGCAGAAAAUUCUGUGAAAUAUCAAGCCCCACGGGAUACAGAUAACCCUGAACUCAGGCAACCACUAGCAUUGGAAGUUUGGGAGUCUGUGGUGAAAACAUUGGAUCCAGGAUCUAAGGUUAUCAUAUUGACCAAUGGACCAUUGACUACUCUAGCAAGCAUUAUUUUGUCGGAAAAUAACACUAGCUCUCUAAUUCAGGAUGUGUAUAUAGUUGGAGGACAUAUCUGCCGCAGUGAAAAUGACAAAGGAAAUGUGUUUUCGAUUCCUUCCAGUGAAUAUGCCGAGUUCAAUAUGUUUCUUGACCCUUUGGCUGCAAAGACUGUGUUUGAUUCCUCACUUAACAUCACACUCAUUCCUCUUGGCAUCCAGCAGAGAGUUAGUGAUUUUCCAAAAAUAUUAAAAAGGCUGCGCAGCACGAAGAAGACAACACCAGAAGCUCUGUUUGCCUGGCGAUUGCUGUCAAGGCUAUACCGUUUGCAACAAUUACACCAUAGCUAUCACCACAUGGGAACUUUCUCAGGGGAACUCCUUGGUGCAGUUCUCUUGGACGGUGAUUCUCAUCUGAGCCAAAGCUUCAAACUCAAACACUUCAAAGUGUUUGCUGAUGAUAUUGAAUCCAGAGAUGGGGAAAUUUUGACUUAUCAAAACCAAGGAAAAUUAGUCAAAGUAUUGGACAAAGUAAAUCCCAGGGCAUAUUAUGAACUUUUCGCAGAACGGCUAAGUGAUUCAAAGCAGUCUGCUGUAUUAGCAAGUUUUGAAGAGCAAAAAAAAUUGUGGCAGAAACCACCAAAUCAAACUGAGCCUGCAGAGUAGGCAUUCUGCUAUUAAUUUUAGCUCAAAGAAGGCAACACAGAGAAAAGAAUACAGAACCAGGAGUAUAGAAAGUGUCAUUGGAAUUUUGGUCUUUGGCUUAUAUGUUUAACAAAGGAAAGCUGUUCAUUGUACUUCGAAGCAACCCAUGACUAUGUUGUAUGCUUUGAUGGAAUAAAUAUAUCUAUGUUUUUAGACUAAGGCUCCCUCUGAUACCAUCAAUCUGAUUUUGUAAUUGUGUUGCACACCUCAAACUUGAGAUUUCAUUGGUAUUUGUAUUACAAUAGUGUAGGCGUGUGGCCAUAUACAAAUGAUGUGUGAUUAUACAAAUUAAGCAUAUGUACAUCAAUUACAGUAAUUGCUAUAAAGUCAAAAAUAUAGGAUCAAACUGUUGAAGGAAAAUCGACUUAGUGUGCCUUAUCAAACUAGGAAUAGUUUCAUGGUUGUAAUAGGAGAGAAGGUUCUAGAAUUCCUAGUCCUACUCGGAUUAGUUUUCCUUGUAACAUUAGAACAUGUACUUUGUAAUCCCUAUAUAUAGGGCUCCUAUUCUCAAUAAUGAUAUACACAAUUCUCUCA